AUGGCAGCCCCCGUGGGACCUCUCCCGCAGGUGAAGCUGCCCUCGGGACCGUCCCCUGUGACGGCCGAGCAGCGAUACUGGAAGUCGUUCAAGAACCAGCUGCAGAUCCCCUCCCCGACGUCGUAUCCGAUCACGCACAUCUCGUCGACCUCCUCUGACGGUCUGUUCGCCGUGACCACCGGCACCCGCGUGCAGCUCUACUCCUCGCGCACCCGCAAGCUCGAAAAGACCAUCACGCGCUUCGCCGACGUCGCGCGUUCCGGUUCUCUGCGCCGCGAUGGCAGGGUUCUAGUGGCUGCCGAAGACACAGGACGCAUACAGGUGUUCGACACCAAAUCGAGGAGUAUCCUGAAAACGUGGACGACGCACCGCCAGCCCGUCUGGACCACGCGCUUCUCCGAUGUGCAGCUCACGACCCUGCUGUCCGCGUCCGACGACAAGACGGUCCGCCUCUGGGACCUCACGGCCAACGACCCUACGCACACCUUUGUGGGCCACCAAGACUAUGUUCGCUGUGCCGAGUUCUUCCCCGCGACCGGAAGCAAUGGUAGCAUGCUCGUCUCCGGAUCCUACGACUCGACUGUCAAGAUCUGGGAUCCCAGGAUAGGCAACAACUCGGCCGUCAUGACCUUCAAGCACGCCGCCCCCGUCGAGGCAGUCCUGCCCUUGUCCUCCGGCACCACCCUUCUCGCCGCCUCCGGUCCGCACAUCUCCGUGCUGGAUCUGGUCGCCGCCCGUCCCGUGCACCAGAUCGCGAACCACCAAAAGACCGUCACAUCCCUCAGCCUCGCCUCCAACGGCACCCGCCUGGUGUCCGGUGGUCUCGACGGUCACGUCAAGGUGUUCGAGACGACGGCGUGGAACGUCGUGUCUAGCACAAAGUACCCGUCGCCAAUUCUCUCCCUCCGUGUGCUGUCGGCGUCCGACUCCCUCGACCACGCGGACCGGCACCUGGUCGUGGGAAUGCAGUCCGGCGUCCUGUCCGUCCGCACCCGUCUCACCGGUCCCGAAGCCACUCGCCAGAAGGAGCGCGAGCGCGAGAUGGCGGCGUUGAUCGCCGGAACCCUGGACCAGCACGACGCCCGCACCAAGAACAAGAAGCGCAAGGCCGCGGCGCACCGCCGUCUCGAGGCCAUGGGCGAGGGCCAAGCCGAGGUCAUCGUCGCGCAGGACGCCCGCGUGUCCCGCACCAAGGAGAACGCGUGGCAGAAGGCGCUCCGUCACGGACGCUACGCCAGCGCCCUGGACCAGGUGCUUGACCCGCAGGCCAAGGAGCACUCGCCGCUGGCUGUGCUGACGCUGUUGCUGGCGCUGAGGCACAGGUCUGCCGUCCGCGAUGCGCUGGAGGGCAGGAACGAGAGGACUGUCCAGCCUGUGUUGAAGUGGACGUGCAACCACAUCAUCGACCCCCGCUACGUCAGCGUCUGUGUCGAGGUCGGCUUGUUGUUGGUGGAGCUGUACGCGGAGUACGCCGGCGCCAGCGCCGAGCUCUUUGAGGGCUUCAGGAUGCUGAGGAGGAGAGUCGGUAACGAGGUUGAGAAGGCGCAGUUGGCGUGCGAGACGGGCGGUAUGGUUGAGAGUUUGAUGAUGGGAUCUGUCUGA